CAGGGCAGGGAGAGUCUAUGGCAAACUUCCUUGAAGGAGGACAGCACCUGGGCUGAGUGGGAAGCAACUGGCCCACUCGCAGGCCCAGGAGCCAUCCCAUCUCUCCCUCUAGGCCCUCUGCAUCUAGAGAAGGGUCGCCUAGGAGGCCCUUUCCCCCAAGAACCUGGAGGCCGGACGUUUAGCUGGGACCCAAGACACCUGCUGGAUCAUCUGACCUUCUUCACCAAAGCAGGAAAGAAGGAGCAUUGAGCCCUGAGACCGGACAGCAGUUUUCAAUUUGAUCUUCUCCUCUGGCCCCACGCUGCACUUCACCCAGACAGGAUGAGAAUAUCAGUAUCUCCCCGCUUUGUAGGUGUGCUUCGCCUCCUGGCCCUCAUCCUUGCCCUGGUCACCACGUGGCUCUUCAUUCACAGCUAUAUGAGCUUCAACAUAAAAAACAUCCGUCUGCCUCGCUGGCUGGGUGGCUCUACCUCCAAGGAGACCAAAGUUGUGAAGACCAAGUGUGGCCUCAGCAAGUCCUGCCCAGCCAACUUCUUCGCAUUUAAAAUCAUCAGCGGGGCAGCCAAUGUCGUAGGCCCCUCUCUGUGCUUUGAAGACCACAUGAUCAUGAGUGCUGUGAAAAACAACGUAGGCAGAGGCCUGAACAUCGCCCUGGUGAAUGGAACCACGGGGAUGGUGAUGAGACAGAGCAUCUUUGACAUGUACUCUGGAGAUGUUAAUCACCUGGUGAAAUUCCUUAAAGGAAUUUCAGAGGGCACACUGGUGCUGGUGGCCUCCUAUGAUGACCCAGGGACCAAAAUGAAUGAUGAAAUCAGACAGCUCUUCUCCAAGUUGGGGAGUUCUCAUGCAAGCAACUUGGGCUUCCGGGACAGCUGGGUCUUCUUAGGAGCCAAAGACCUCAAGAAUAAAAGCCCCUUUGAGCAGUUCUUAAAGAACAACCCAGAAACAAACAAAUAUGAGGGAUGGCCAGAGCUGCUGGAGCUGGAAGGCUGUGUGCCCUCGAAGAUAGCUUAGGGUGGCCAUGGCCCUUCCCGGGUCAGGGGCCUGAAGAAGCUCCUGCCUGCCUGAGGAGUCAGAGCCCUGGCAGGGGCUGAGAGGCAGAAGAGCGGUCACCUGCAGCAGAGGGAAGUCUGACAGGCCCGCGCACAGUGAUGGGCCUCCACUCUCCGGAAACAAACCCUCCUGUGGGGCUGACAGGAAGAUGACUGGCCUCCGAGAGUCCUUCUGCAACAGCUGUCUGUGGAGAGAACAGGUGUGGUUUCGUCAGGGACUGCUGACGGCCAGUUCUGAAGAAGGACUGACUACAUGUGAGCAAAAUUAAAUUCUAUUUUUGUUGAUUUUCAACAAACUUUCU